ACAAUGCAAACAGCAACGUGAUCAUCAAUAUUGACAACUGCGCGCUUUAUAGCACUAAUACACAGCUGCGCUCAACAGGUGACACGCAUCGGCAAUCGUUAUCGCUUAGCUACCGAUCAUUGCAGAAAAACAAGCGCCAGCGACGCGAGCGUUUUUUAUUCGUUUUACGUUACUUUUUCGCCACAGUUGGGUUCGGAUUAGGCCUCGCCUGCGUCAUAUACACGUUUCAAACAAUGGGUUGGUUUUUUGCCGCUCUCGUCGCGAUCAUUGUAUGGCUGCUAACAAGGUCUUGGCGCUGGUUCUAUAUUGCGGGAGCAACAGCCAAACGAGAUACAACCGCUUUGUGGGCUUAUGCCAAGCUGCUGCGCUAUACGAAACGCCAUGAGCGACUCAAUCAUACGGUGGCCGAUGUCUUUGAGUGUAAUGUGCGUGAGACGCCGGAUAAAUUGGCCGUAAUUAGCGAGACACAGCAAUGGACAUUCCGGCAGGUGAACGAGCAUGCAAAUCGUGUGGCAAAUGUCUUCCAAGCUCAGGGCUAUAAGAAAGGCGAUGUUGUUGGCCUGCUGCUGGAGAAUCGCGCCGAGUAUGUGGCCACCUGGCUGGGACUAUCCAAAAUUGGCGUCAUUACACCUUUGAUCAAUACGAAUCUGCGUGGUCCAUCGCUUCUGCACAGCAUCACUGUCGCUCAUUGCAAUGCCUUUAUCUAUGGUGAGGAUUUCGUCGAAGCUGUCGCAGAGGUUAGCAAGGAUUUGCCAGCUGAGUUGUUGCUCUUCCAAUACAACAAUGAGAACAACAACAGCACAGCAGAUGCAGUCAAGACGGCCAAGAAUUUGAACAAGCUGCUGUCAGCGGCAAGCGCCAGUGCGCCCAACAAAACGCAGGUGAACCAUCAUGAUAAGCUGGUCUAUAUCUACACCUCUGGCACCACUGGAUUGCCCAAAGCGGCGGUUAUAUCGCAUUCCCGUUAUCUCUUCAUUGCCGCUGGCAUCCACUACACCAUGGGCUUCAAGGAUGACGAUGUGUUCUAUACGCCGUUGCCGCUUUAUCACACCGCUGGCGGCAUUAUGUGCAUGGGUCAGUCCGUGCUCUUUGGCUCAACUGUGUCCAUACGCAAGAAGUUCUCGGCUUCCAAUUAUUUCGCUGACUGCGCCAAGUUUAAUGCCACUGUGGGUCAAUACAUUGGCGAGAUGGCGCGUUAUAUUUUGGCUACCAAGGCAUCGCCGCAUGAUCGCGCGCAUCGCGUGCGUUUGGUUUAUGGCAAUGGACUGCGUCCGCAGAUCUGGCCACAGUUUGUGGAGCGUUUCAAUAUUGGCAAAGUGGGUGAAUUCUAUGGCGCCACCGAGGGCAAUGCAAAUAUUAUGAAUCAUGAUAAUACAGUGGGUGCCAUAGGCUUUGUUUCGCGCAUAUUGCCAAGGUUGUAUCCCAUUUCCAUUAUACGCGCUGAUCCGGACACCGGCGAGCCCAUACGCAACAGCCAGGGACUUUGCCAGCUAUGCGAGCCCAACGAGCCGGGCGUGUUCAUUGGCAAGAUCGUCAAGGGCAAUCCAUCGCGUGAGUUUCUGGGCUAUGUGGAUGCCAAGGCGUCGGCUAAGAAGAUUGUUAAGGAUGUGUUCAAACAUGGCGAUAUGGCAUUUAUUUCUGGCGAUCUGCUGGUAGCUGAUGAAAAGGGUUAUCUGUACUUCAAGGAUCGCACAGGUGAUACAUUCCGCUGGAAGGGUGAGAACGUCUCGACCAGCGAGGUGGAGGCUCAGGUCAGCAAUGUGGCCGGCUACAAGGAUACCGUAGUCUAUGGCGUUACCAUACCACACACUGAAGGACGUGCUGGCAUGGCAGCCAUUUAUGAUCCAAACCGUGAGCUUGAUUUGGAUGACUUUGCUUUGAAUCUUGCCAAGGUGCUGCCCACCUAUGCGCGUCCACAGAUCAUACGACUGCUUACCAAGGUGGAUCUAACGGGAACGUUUAAGCUGCGCAAAGUGGAUCUGCAAAAGGAGGGCUACGAUCCGAAAGUUGUCAGCGAUGCGCUUUACUAUCAAACAGCCAAGGGACGCUACGAGCUGCUCACUCCGGCCGCCUAUGAGCAGCUGCAACGCAAUGAGAUCAGAUUUUAGAAACUGCAAACUGAGAGCUUUUCCAAUUUGGUGUUGUGUGUUUAUUCUUUUGCCCAACUAUGCUGUUAAUUAAUUUGUAAGAGCUACGAAAUGAAAAUUUAGUCUUCAUCAUACAUUUAUAUAAAUUAUAGCUUAUAGU